AUGUCCUGGUAUCAUGCAACAUUGGCCAUACCUGAUCGGCGAACAUCUCGUAUCAUCGCUACUUGUAAACGUUUUUCACGACGGUUAAGUACCGGAAUUUUUCGAGUUGUUAGCCGUAAAAAUACAUCAGAUUUACAAUUGGAUGCGUUACUUUCAAGAAAUCUUCAGCAGCCUCGAUCAAUAGAAGAGAUAAUGAAAUGUACACGUUUUUCAAAAUCUGAAAUUCGUCUUCUCUAUCGAAGUUUUAAACAAGACUGUCCCGGUGGAAAUGUUAAUGAAGAAAGAUUACGCGGAAUCUACUUACAAUUUUUUCCACAAGGAAAUGUAACGAAAUAUACUCAUUAUUUAUUUUCCAUGAUCGAUCGAAAUCAUAAAGGAACAUUUACAUUUGAUGAUUACAUUCUGACGUUAUCUGUACUAUGCCGUGGUACGAUCGAGGAAAAACUACGAUGGAUUUUUCGUUUUUAUGAUUUUCCUGGUGAAGGACAUUUGACACGAGCAAAUAUCAGUGAAAUUAUUUUGUCACUCAAUGAACUUGUUGGCUCAUCGGGCCAUUUAGCCAUUAUCGAACGUGACAUUCAGAAACAUGUCGAUGAAGUAUUCGAAUGUAUUGAUCCGAUGCACAAUGAACAAAUAACAGUAAAUGAUUUUAUUGAUUAUUGUAAACGGCGACCGCAACUAAUCGAAUCAAUCCAACAGCUGUCAUGUUGUUUGUAA